AUGGCGUCGGACCGGAGGCAUGUGGGCAGCGGCCAACAGUCGGUGACCGGCGUGGAGGCGUCGGACGACGCCAAUAGCUACUGGCGGAUCCGCGGCGGCUCGGAGGGCGGGUGCCCGCGCGGGUCCCCAGUGCGCUGCGGGCAGGCGGUGCGGCUCACGCACGUGCUCACCGGCAAGAACCUGCAUACGCACCACUUCCCGUCGCCACUGUCGGACAACCAGGAGGUGAGUGCCUUUGGGGAAGACGGUGAGGGUGACGACCUGGACCUGUGGGCAGUGCGCUGCUCCGGGCAGCACUGGGAACGUGAGGCUACUGUACGCUUCCAGCAUGUGGGCACCUCUGUGUUCUUGUCGGUUACGGGUGAGCAGUAUGGGAGCCCCAUCCGUGGGCAGCAUGAGGUGCACGGCAUGCCCAGUGCCAACACGCACAAUACGUGGAAGGCCAUGGAAGGCAUCUUCAUCAAGCCCAGCGUGGAGCCCUCUGCAGAUCACGAUGAACUCUGAGUGUGUGGAUGGGUGGAUGGAGGGUGGCAGGGUGGGGUGUUUGCAGGGCCACUCUUGGCAGAGACUUUGGGUUUGUAGGGGUCCUCAAGUGCCUUUAUGAUUAAAGAAUGUUAAUCCGUG